AAAACUUAUUUCAUGACCUCAUCAUUCUGGUGCACUUACAUUAAGCCUUCUUAAAGUAAACAGCUUCUACUUUAUUUUCUCAAUUAACCUUUUUCCCUCUACUUUCAAUUGUGAGCCCAUAUCACCACACUUUCAUCAUGGGAUGGGCAAAAUAUGCCAGAAAAAAGCUAUCUUUGCCUGUAAUUGCAGGAAUUUUCUGUGCAUUAGCAUUCAUUGUCUUAUUGUACACUGAAAGGAUCACUACUUUUUCUUCUGGUUCUCUUUUUGGGAUCAAAACUUGUCCUAGACGGAAUGCGGUGAAGAUUAAAAAACACCAUACAGGUCAUAGAGAAUUUAAGAGCAGUCCAUUAGACAAUCCGACAGAUGAUAGGUUCGAGUUUGAUCCCGAGGAAUGCAGCCUUAAUAAUGGAAAAUGGGUGUUCAAUACUUCGAUUAAGCCAUUCUACACAGAUAGAACUUGUCCAUAUGUUGACAGCCAAUAUUCUUGUAUUAUGAAUGGCCGAAAUGAUUCAGAUUAUCUUCACUGGGAAUGGAAGCCACAUGACUGCAUCUUGCCAAGGUUUGAUCCCAAGAUUGCCCUCAGAAAAAUUCAAGGAAAGAGGGUAAUGUUUGUUGGGGACUCAAUACAAAGAAAUAUGUGGGAAUCUUUUGUGUGUUUGGUUCAAUCUGUGAUCCCAGAAGGCCAGAAGUCUAUGAAAUCAGGUCCGGUUCAUUCUGCCUUCGAAGCUAAGGAAUAUAAUGCCACCAUUGAAUUCUACUGGGCACCAUUCUUGGUGGAGUCUAACACAGAUAUUCACAUAAAAGCAGAUCCUAAACAGAGAAUUGUUAAAGUGGAUUCAAUUGCAGAGCGCGCCAAACAGUGGUUAGGAGUAGAUAUCCUUGUUUUCAAUACUUAUGUUUGGUGGAUGAGUGGCCUUAAGGCCAAGGCACUAUGGGGAGAGUUUGCAAAUGGAGAAGAGGGCUAUGAAGAAUUUGAUACUGCCAUUUCUUACAAGCUAGCAUUGAGGACAUGGGCAAAUUGGAUUGAUUCAACAAUCGAUACUAACAAAACAAGGGUGUUCUUUACCACCAUGUCACCUACGCACCAAAGAAAUGAAGAUUGGGGGAACAUGAAAGGCAUCAAGUGCUUCAAUGAGACAAGACCAGUAACGAAAAAAGAGCACUGGGGAGCUGGUUCAAAGAUGGGUAUGAUGAAGGCAGUGGCUGAUGUAUUAGGGAGGAUGAAAGUGCCCGUUACUGUUCUUAACAUCACACAACUAUCUGACUACAGAAUUGAUGGACAUGCAUCACUUUAUGGUGAAUUAGGAGGCAAAUUGUUAACUGAUAAGCAAAAAGCAGAUCCAUUACAUUUUGCAGAUUGUAUACAUUGGUGUUUGCCUGGAGUUCCUGAUACUUGGAAUAGAAUGCUUUUUGCAUAUUUGUAGGUCAUCAAUGUGGAGAGACCAAAAAAAGGAUGUGAAAACUCUCAUGUUAGAAAAGCAUACUUUGUUUCUAGUUUCUUUCAGUUGCAAAAUUGUUUGAAUUUAUUGUAUGCAUAUUGAAUCAAUAUGGUAAAGUAAAUGAAAGCUACCAUGUGUGAAAAUAUAA